AUGACAGAGGAGCCGGAAACAAAGAGGGACGCAAGGAAGAAAGCUCCGGCUCCGGCUCUGGCUCCGGCUCUGGCUCCGGCUCUGGCUCCGGCUCUGGCUCCGGCUCUGGCUCUGGAGGAAGAGAUUGAUGGCGGGGACAACAUGGAGCUUGAGAAUUCCCCUAAAAUAACCACCUAUCUGAUAACAAUUCCAAGUGCAGUAUUGAAGUUUAAACAUCUCUCAACGGACAAAAAGCCUGUUCCUUUAAGUUCGUAUAAGUUACCAGAACCUCUCCUGGAGGGGCCCUUCGGCUUGGGGCCUCUAGUUUUCCCUGCUCUUCAACGUUUCAACAACAUUGACUGCUUCCUGUUUCUGUACUUUCUGUUGGCCACAGCUCAUGGUAUUGUAUUUUCUCUUGUUGAUAUGAGUUUUAGAAAAUUGGACAAGGAAUUGUCUCUGUCAGAGACAGAGAGAUACAUACUGGAUUACAGUGAUUAUCAUGCAUCUUUCCUGGUAGCCAUACUUGUAGCACACUAUGGAGGCAGAGGGAACAGGUCAAGAUGGAUGGCAGUUUCUGCCUUUAUAUUAGGAAUUGCAUCAAUUGUAUUUGCUGUUAUUUUCUACGAGUAUGAAAUUAUAAAAACAGUGGAAGAAAGUGAAGAGUUGUGCGUAGAUGAACAGCACCGAGCAAUGUCAGAUUGUUGGGGAACGAAGCUAUCAUACAGAUCAAAAUGUAUCUAUCUCUUCAUCUUUGGGCAGUACCUCCAUGGAAUAACAGGGAUGCCUAUUUAUAUCCUUGGCCUGACCUUCAUUUUCGACCACAUUCCCACAUUCUCAGCUGGGCUCUAUCUAGCUAUCAGUGAUGCUGCCCUAGUGCUAGGAUACAUGACGGGUUUUGCAAUAGGAUCACGGCAACCUCCUAAGCAGGAAAAUCUGGAUGGAGAUGUAAAUGAGAAUCAUUUUCGAAAGCUUCAGCAAAAUUGGUGGAGCGGAUUUUUAGUAGUUGCUCUACUCUCAUGGUGUACAGUUUUACCAUUGUUAUGUUUCCCAUCUAGGUUACCAGGUGCAUACAAGCUAAGUCUUGAGAAAGAAAAGGAACCUCCCUCCUUUGACAAGAGACUUAAAAAUGUGCACUUUGGAUCUAGUUUGAAGAAUAUGGUUCAGGCUGUUCAGUGUCUGUUGAGGAACCCGCUGCUGAUAUGUUACUCACUGUGCAAAACCACAGAGAACCUGACUUUUAGGGGAUCUACAUCAUUUGUGCCCGUUUAUUUAGAAAAUCAGUUUUUGUUAACACCCUCACUUGCCAAUAUGCUCACAGGCUUGAUUAUACUUCCAGGAUUUGCCAUUGGCCAUUUUGUGGGAGGUUUAAUUAUUGACAGAUUGGAAAUGAACUGUAAAAACAAACUAAGAUUUACAGUGGUGACAUCUACUGUAGCACUUGUGCUUUUUGUGUUAAUCCUUUUUGUAGAGUGUGAAACUGUGAAAUUUGCUGGAAUCAAUGAAGAUUAUGAUGGGUCAGGUAUCUUGGGAAACCUCACAGCUCCAUGCAAUGAGAAAUGUGAAUGCCCAAGCUCCAUCUACGCUUCCAUUUGUGGAAGAGAUGACACUGAAUAUUUCUCUCCCUGCUUUGCAGGCUGCAAGGCUUCUAAAAAUUUAGACAAUGAAAAGACAUACUACAAUUGUUCUUGCAUUAAAGAAGGAUUGACAACUGCAGAUACUGAAGGUGAUUUUGUUGAUGCCGUUUCUGGAAAAUGUAGUAACAAGUGUCACGCAUUACCUUUGUUUUUUGCCUUUUUCUUUUCUUCAAUAAUUUUUUCUAAUUUGCCUAGUAUACCUGUCACCCUGACUAUUCUCCAAAGUGCACCUGCCCAUUUAAAUUCACUGAGCCUGGGUAUAACCUACACAAUUUGGAGAUUUUGUGGAUCCAUCCCUGCACCACUGGUUUUUAACUUGUCAACAUCUCAGGCUUGCAUUUACUGGAACAUUAAUCAAUGUGGAAUCAAAGAACGUUGUUGGAUCUACAAUAAGGCAAAAAUGGUCUACAUAGUGAUGGGACUAUGUAAGUGA